GCACUUGAAACAUUCAAUCUUUUUGAUACCAAAGGUGAUAGCAAGAUUGAGGCAAGGCAUAUUGGUGAACUUGUUAGGGCACUAGGGCUUAAUCCAUCAGAGGCCGAUAUUCGUAAAUGUGGUUUUCAAAACGCUCGAAUUAGUUUUGAAACAUUCAUGCCAAUCUAUCAAACUCUAUUUCGUGAAGACAAAAAGCCAAAUGCAGACGAAUUUAUCGACGCUUUUUGCGUAUUUGAUAAGGAUGCCAAUGGUUUGAUUAGUGCAGCUGAAUUACGUCAUUUAUUGACUGCUCUUGGCGAAAGACUCCGAGAAGAUGAAGUAGAUCAGCUUCUGGCUGGGAUGGAAAAUGCUCAAGGCUUGGUUCCUUAUGAAGGUAGCAACUUCCAGCGUGUAUAG